UAGACAUUUUGAUACAGGUACCGCCACAUUCUUCGAGCGUCAUGCGAUUGCUCAAGUCGAUCAAAGACGCUGAUUACAGUGGCCUGAGACCGCCUCGCAUCAUCAUCGAGUUACCGGCCGAGCUCGACGCGUCCGUGAAAAAACACAUGGAGGAGUUCGAGUGGCCGCCAAACGGCAACGAGCACGGCCUCGGAGGCGGACUUACCAUCAGGCGGCGCAUCGCGGACAAUGGCCACAGCCAGCAAGAGUCGGCGAUACGCUUACUGGAGCUGUUUUACCCCGCGAGCGCCGCCAACUCGCACGUGCUUCUGCUUUCUUCACAGGCACAGGUCGCCCGGCAGUACUUUCACUUUAUCAAGUAUACUCUCUUGGAAUACAAGUACUCCGGAUAUGGCGCUCAUGACUACGAGGAUCUAAUGGGUGUAAGCCUUGAGCUGCCACCAAUGCUCUUGGACAACAAGGCAAGACUGGAACCCCCGGGGGUUGGUGAUAUGAACACAAAUCGAUAUAAGAAAUUGUUCCCGAAAGCUGAGAGCGCACCGUUCCUAUGGCAGGCUCCAAACAGUCACGCGACGCUGUUCCUGGGCGACAAGUGGGCCGAGCUGCACUCAUUCCUGAGCCACCGAGUGGCCAAAAAUCAAGGUCCAGUCAAGCAAGCCACUCGGAAGAAGCUGGUGUCAGAGACGUUACCAGCCUGGACCGAGUAUAUGCUCGAAUUCAUGCGAGCCCGGGGCUACUCACUGCUAUACCCCGCAGUCAUGUCUGAUGCACUAGUCACAAUACACAACGAGCUGUAUCAUGCUCCAGACGAGUUUAGUACGCCAUUGACAGUUACCAAUGAGCAAACACACACAACAGACAAGGAAGAAGCCUUUGUUCGCACGGAACAAUCGCCGCGGGCGCUCCAACACAUAGAGCCAUCUGCCAUGGCUGACGCAGUGCCUCUCCACCAAGCCCUGCCCUUUGAUGGCGAUCUUCCCGAAAUUCCCCAUCUACCACGAUUGCUUUACAACGGCCAGCACAUUCCAGCUGCCAAUGUGUCGGGGAUUGCACAAGCAUAUGCCGACGAUUUCCGCCAAGAGAUUGGUGGCUGUCAGCCGGUAAAAGGGAAGCACAGGAAGAGGAUCGAGGGCGAGGCAGGCGAUUUGUUUUGCUUCGGAAAUGAGGACAAGGAAGACUGGGAGGAGGAUGAGAGCAGAGAGAGGGAGAUGUUCAAUGCACCCAUUGACGACCAGCUGGAGAAGCUGCUCCUAGUGGAUGGACUGUCAACCAAGACAGCACCAGCAAAGGAUCAAGCGAUCACAGGGUCUGCGAAAGCGUCCGAUAACCACGUUGAUGGUGAUGAUGAUUUUUAGGGCAAAAAGCUCAGUAAGAUGUAUGUCGAAUACCAAUUAUUACUAUUCUCCUAAAUACCAUUUUGUUAUUGCCA